GCGCAUUACUGCCCCCGGGAAAAGAUGGUCGCCCUGUGUGGUUAUCUCCAAUGGGAGUAGACAUGCACGCUUUCUUACAGGCAGUGACUCCCGCCGUCAUAAGGCGUCACAUUGUUUACCUGAUGGAGCUAUCCGAGCGUAUGAAGAUGGAUUCGUCAAAACAGACGGGCAAGGAAAUACACAGUCACUAUUUUGUGGCUGACCUGGACAAGCUAGGCUUGCGGCAGGUAUACUCUUGGCAAGUCCUAAAAGCUGCAGGCUACACUUUAAGGGUAAUGGAGGACCAGUAUCCUGAGUGCAUCGAAAAGUUCAUUGUCAUCAACGCUCCAAGCUUUUUUCCUAUUCUGUGGAGAUUCUUGCGCACUCUAAUGACCCAGAGGACAGCCGACAAAUUCGAAGUCUACGGAAAAGGUGACUGUUGGAAGGAGCGCCUCCUGGACAUCGUGGGUGGAGACAUUCUUCCCGCCUACUAUGGUGGGAACAUGGUGGGACCCGACGGAGACACGAUGUGCCGGCACAAGGUGAACUACGGAGGCCGGUUUGAAGAAGGGAUUAUGCCGGGAUCAUACGAAUCAGUCUUCGACGACGUACAGCAGAAGACCAUCGGCCGUCGGGAGCGUUGGGAACUGCCGGUCGACGUUACACAGGCAGGCGCUCAUCUCAGCUGGCGGUUUCAAACGGCCGCCGGCGACUUGGCAUUCGGUCUGCGCAGUCCGUGCGGGGAGUGUCUGAUUCCCCUUCAACGACUCGACGCAUGCAGCCUUGUACCGCAGGAGGGAGGCUGGCAAUGCGACAUUCCUGGAACGUAUGUGCUCGAGUUCGACAACACCUACAGCUGGCUUAACCACAAGACCCUGGCGUACAUCGUGAACGUGCACAGCCCUGAGCAGUUUCUAUGACUGACAAUAAAUUAUGGUAGAACUUU